CUCUUUUGCCCUGCUUGCCCACAACCAGGUAUUAAUUUACCUCCAGAUUGGAGAACUUGCUGCAGCAGGCAAUAUGUGAUGGAUGGCAACUUCACUGCACAGCAUAUGAAAAUGAACAAGCCAGAGCUGGAUGUGUCAUUAUCAGAUGGAAAAGGCUACAUGGUUUCUGAGGCACCCUAUCAGACUCAUCUCCAGCAGUCUUUGGAUAACAAGGAGAGAUCCACCUGCAGCAAUCACAGGGCAAUCAAUGCUGCCAAUAUCAACAAGUCCAAUCUCCAGUCCACUGGCAUUGGUGCAACAGCCUGUGCAAGACAUGGUUGCUUUGUUCCCCAUUCUGUGGUGGAUUUUCAAAAAGGGGAAAGGUAUAUGAACACUGACUACUCCAUCUGCAAUGCUCUUGAUUACCAUUCCCAAAGCAUCCAAAAGGCCCUUGUCAUUUAUGAUGUAGGGUGCCAAUGGAGUAUCAACUUCCAGAGUCGGGUAAAGUCCAGCUGCUCUCUUACUCUUCCACCUGGUCUCCAAAUCAUUCCUGCCCUUUGGUUUUGGUUUCAGCUUCACAGGCCUUGCUUUGACAGCAUCUUGCAUUGCCUGCUCUACCUCCAUGGUCACCUCCAUCUCUGA